CACACACACACACACACACACACACACACACACACACACACACACACACACACACACACACACACACACCUCCCUCUCUUUCCCCUUCAAACAUGCCACAUCCCCAUCUGCGAGGCUCUGCUGAGCUCAUCAGGCCUGCAGAUCUCGGGGGGGAGGUGCUAAGAGAGAUGACUCUCUGAACCAUUCGAGAAGAAGAAUAAUCAAUCGGAUCAGGGGAUAAGGGGAGGGUGCAAGAUUCAAUUAUUGGCCAAGCCAUGCCGCGCCCCCCCUUCUUGAGGGAGGAUGGAUGCGCUGGGCUUUCUGCCCCCAUCCGCAGUGAUCAUUCUACGGUCUACGGUUUCCUGCCGAAUCGGAGGGAGGGAAGAGGGGGAAGAGGGGGGCGAAAGAGCAGGGGAUGAUGGAAAGAGAAAGAGAAAGAGAGAGGCUGAUACGAUCUGAUCUCAGACUUGGAGAGAAAGUGAUGGUGUUGUUUCUCUUUCUGCCCCCCCUUCUAUCUGUCUCUUUCUUUCGUCCUCUCAGUAGGAAAAUGAUGCCCGUCAAGAUGGGGGUCAACUUCCCCCUCUAGCUUAUAACCACACAGCACCUUGCUCUAUUACUGCUGUUUCUUUUCGUUCUGGAUCAUCGGGACCCAAGAAAUCAACCAGAACCUCCCUAUCGCCAGCUGCUAACCUCGACUGUACUAGGGGCUUAAGGUUUAAGAGCGGCCGCACAACAAAUCGCCGUUCGAUUCGAGGCUCACCGCCGCAAAUUGGAGAGAGACCCUGCCGUGCCUUUUUUUUUUGAC